AUGGCUGGAGGAGUGAGUUAUGUGGCCCCUGAGUUAAGAAGGACAGUGAAGCCAGGAACACUUCUCAUUGACAGCAGCACCAUUGAUCCUGGGACAGCCAAAAUGGUUGCAGCAGAAGCAGAAAAGAAGGGUGCCAUGUACAUGGAUGCUCCUGUCUCUGGAGGGGUGAAUGCAGCCAAGGCUGCAACAUUGACAUUCAUGGUUGGAGCCAAAAGCAAAGGAGAAUUUGAAGCAGCAAAGAUAUUGUUGUCUAGCAUGGGCAAGAACAUUGUCCAUUGUGGAGAUGUGGGGAUGGGACAAGCAGCCAAGAUCUGCAAUAACAUGCUUCUUGCCAUCUCCAUGAUUGGCACAGCUGAGACCAUGAACCUUGGAAUUAGGCUGGGCCUUGAUGCAAAGCUCCUGGCAAGUAUCUUGAACAGUAGCUCAGGAAGAUGCUGGUCGAGUGAAGUCUACAAUCCUGUGCCAGGAAUUCUUGAAAAUGUUCCUAGUUCCAAGGACUAUGAGGGUGGAUUUGGGGCUGCACUGAUGACUAAGGAUCUGGGUCUGGCAGCAACAGCAGCCAAUUCAACACAUACACCCAUUCCACUUGGUUCCCUGGCUCACCAAAUAUACAGACUCAUGCUUGGUGCUGGAUUUGGUGGCAAGGACUUUUCCUCGGUCUACAAGUUUCUGCAGCAGCAAAAGUAGACUUUUUUUUUCAUAUUACUCUUGUCUGUGUUCUGCUGGACUUGUUCAGUGCAAUAUGGCAUAUGCCAAAGACCAGUGUUUUGUGAUGUAAAUACACUUUGGUGUGAUUCUUAGGUAACAGAACAUA